GAGAAAUACGGCGAAAAAAAGGCCAGCGCCUCCCUUCAAGUUCUUGUUUUAAUUGAACAAGCAGCUGUUAAGAGGUCUAAAGCGCGCAUGCUUUUAUUCCUUUCAAUUUCAAAACAAAGUCGUCCCCCCCGUACAUAUCAAAUCUUCACCCACCGUGCGCACACGCGCCUCCUGGCAGUGGUGUUAUUUUGGUUUUUGGGGACGCCCCUGCCACCUUUUUAGCUGGCUGCUGUCUUCAAUCUUCGAUCCACAUAAAAGCCUCCACCUCCCGGCCGGUCCACUCACUCCUUGGUCUCCACUCAUCCAACCAUUCCACCCGACACUUGGAAACGGUUUUUUUUUAAUCGUUCUGCGCCCACCAAGCAAGCAAGGAGAGCGCAGCCCACAACGCGAUACUAUCUUUACUACCUCCUUGCGCGUUUUUGACCAGGGACUGGGAACCACUGUGCUUGCCACGUCUGGACGGUGAGAGAGAAGUGGAUAUAAUACCCUGCCUGGGUUGAAAGAAAACGGAGAGCGCGAGCUUUGACGCAAACCAGAAAGCUCCUGCACAGGCGCCGCGUCCAGGGCUCGAAGAAAAAAAUUCAUCAAGCCUACCUAGGUCUCCACUUGGCCUCCUCCCAAAGAUCUUUUUCAAUCAGCCAAAAUCCACAAUCACCCGCGCCCACACCACCCACAAGAACCGCCUUCUUGAGCCUCACAUCACCCACUUCGUCCUUUUUUUUUUGUGUGCUUAUCUCCACUCGAGACUUCUACCUUUCCUAUCCACCAUAUCAACGAACUAUUCGUACCAAGCUUUUAGCCCCAGCACGGUCGACGACGCGCCCAACUAGUUCGGCUUUGGUGUAGCACAACCGACCAUCGCGUCCAUCCCCAGAAGAUUUAUUUUCUGUGACAACGGCAACCGAGUCCCUAGCUAUCCGCCGCCAAACGCGACCAAGCGCAAAAGCUACAGCUCAGCUCUAGCUUCGUCCCGCACAAACUCGACCAACAGAUCGCGUCGUAUCAAGACGGUAUUGAUUUUGCCGAAAACCACAAUCACCACUCACUUCACCGUUAGGCGCUCUGCCAGUCUUCCUGGAAUCUCCGGGUCGAAUGGUCAGCCUUUUGUAGAUUCGCAAAGGUUGUUUUUGAGAAGGAAAUGGACAACUCCCAAUACUCGGCUAAUGUGGUAAACACGACUACUACGGCUUCAUACCCCUCGCCCUCUGCGACUUUAAACGGACUUCAGAAUCAGCAGCAAAACCAUUCGGGACAGCCGCAAACUCUGCCUCCCCUCCAGCCGCAGACGCAUAGCAUGCAACAACCCCAGCAGCAGCAACAGCAUCAGCAACAACAGGCGCAGCAGCAGCAGCACCAGCAGCAGCAGCAGCAACAACAACAACAACAACAAGCUUCCCCAUACGGUAGCUACCACAACACCCCUCGGACUACUGCCACGCCCAACCCGUCUGGCACUCCAACAAUGAGCAACUAUCCACCUCCCCCGGGGCAACAAAAUGUUGCACGAGCCCCGUACCCUGGCAUGAUGCCCGCGCCGCAGUACCAACAACCUCACCCCGGCUAUCCCACCACAACCUCAAUGAUGACCCAGGCAUCGACCGCAAUGGCCCACCCUCAACCUAUUGCGCCCGCGCCUCCUGGUGGUCGCGCUCCCCCGGUAUUGCGUCCAAUGCCCGCGGGUGGCAUGGUCCCUCAGGGCGGCAUGUCGUCGCCAUACGCGCAGAGCCCAUUGAUGCCCCAGCCUCAAAUGAUGCAACAGGAAGGCGACGCGCCGACACAUGUGGUUGGCUCUCAGGGUCGCCGAGGAAUCCUCCCGAGCGCGCCGGGUAGGCCCCAGGCCCCGGUCGCUGGCAGCCAGGCGGCAAAGAACCAGAUCCCCCAGAAGGAUGCCGACGGGAAGUUCCCGUGCCCUCAUUGUAACAAGACGUACCUGCACGCCAAGCAUCUCAAGAGGCAUCUUCUGAGACACACCGGCGACCGCCCGUACAUGUGUGUCCUGUGCCGCGACACCUUCUCCCGUAGCGAUAUUCUCAAGCGCCACUUCCAAAAAUGCUCGAUCCGCCGUGGCAACCCCACUGGAGCAAGCCAUCUCUCUCACCCGCAUGCGCACGUCAAGAAGAACCAGGCUGCCCAGCAGAAGGCUAUGGGUAACGAGAACGAGCUCAACCCCAUUAACGGCAUGGGCAACAUGGGUCCUGAUGGGAUGGUGCACCCUUUCGGCUUGAUCCCGGCUCAGGAUGGCAUGCCGAACAUGUCUAACGACCAGAACCACCUGUCCAGACAGCCCAGCAUGAACCGUAUGGAAGACCCUAACGACCGCGACCGACGCAGUGUCACAGGUUCCGUGAUGGGUAACAACACGCGGCCCGGCAGCUUCGAUCAGGGCUACAACGGAACUGUCCCGCACACCAUGGCCGCGAACAUCAACCCUCAGCUCGCGAACUACCCCAUGCCGCCAAACCAAAACGGCAUGCCUAUGUUUGCAGGACAAGCCUCGAACCAACAAUCUGGUGGACUUGACUGGUCUCAAAUGUUUCAAGCUGACGCAGAUCGUAACCAUCAAGCAAGAGCCUGAACCGGCUUCCGUCCGACCGAGUGAUGCACGAGAAGGCUAGCAAAUUUUGUCGCCCUGACCAAAGCCUACUCGAAAAAGGGCUCACGAUACCUUUGACGCGCCUGUCCACGACCCUUACAAUGAACUCCUAACCAACUACCAGACUUCUUCGACCCUUCCGUACACCAUUAGAACGCGUCGAUUCCUACGCUGUACACCGUCCUAUAAUAUGAAGUCUUUCCGCCAAUUUACUCACUAUUUUGAUUCUCGCGACUUCCCUCACUACCCGGUAUUCGUCUUGGCACCUGUCUUCUGUCGGGUGAAUCUCCUCUGAGACGACAAUAUGCCUUUGCCUUGUCAUUCACGAUCCAGAUGGCACAAACUUCCCCAUGGCUGGAAUUGCACCCAGAAUCAUCCAUCACGACGAAGUGAUGGAUCGUUACAUCGACUGGUCUUGCGCUGAUAGUAGCAAGGAUCUGCAUGGAUACCGAACUGUCCGAUUAACAGAUAUUACUGGAUUGAAACAUUAUCCCUGAGCAGCCGCGCGCAAUGACCUUUGAGGAUCAUCCUCGAUCGCGCCCCCAGUUAUUGACACUGUGGUGGCACCCAGCAACCUCAGAAUUUAAAUACGAGAAAGUUGCAAAACUAUGUUCUCUUGCGGGGUUGCGCCAGAUUGUAUCAUGUAACGCCUUGCAUGAUUCGCGCUUAUAAGCAUUAAAGAUACCGUCAUGGAACGCUGUGAAAGUUGCUGCAAAACAAAGCAAACAGGAUAUGCUUGACGAAGUUAUCUCUUCUCUUCUCCAUCAACUGCGUUUUCUCCAGGGGCGGAAGCACUGAGAGACUGCGACUCAACAGCAUGAGCUCAAUCUUGACUGGCAUAAAGAGUGGGACUUGAACGUGACACCUUGUGGUCAACAGCCCCAAGCUAGUCUAGAUUUCUCCCUGGUCUGGAAGAUGAAGGCAUCAAUCAAUCUGUCAACUUCAUGCGGAUCUGUGGCUCGACAGGUCAUGGAUCUUCUCAAGCCUGCAAGAGGGCAUGGUCAAUGUCUGAUCGGUGACAAGGGCAAGGAAAUUAUGGCGACUGAGGACGCCAGUGAGGAAUACGGAGUGCAUGGCCUGAUGUCCGGCUUAUCACAUCAGUGUCCAUGGCAGUAGGGGGCCAGGAGGUAUCUCGGUUGAGACGUGAACCGGCUGAAGAAGCUACUACAAUCUGCACAUAUUGCCCAAGCACUAGCAAUUGCAUCAUCGGCGUUUAAGUUAUUUUCAUAUUCACCUUUUCGUUUCGAGUUUAUCGUCUUUUUAUGUUUCUUGGCCUUUCUCCCAUGCCAACUGCUUGUUUUUACGUUGUCUUCUCACCAGCAUUUUGGGACUGAGGGAUGGAUAAGUCUCUUCAACUUUCCCUGUUGUCGGCCUGUUCUUGCCCACCUCCGGCCCCCUAAAUGUAUCUUCAAAUCCUGCAUAAAAAUGGUUUGCCUGGUGGUUGGUUGUCUUUGAUAUGCAUUUCUCGGACGGGCAUGCGAUGAUAGACAUAUCUAAGCUUUGCAUUAGACUUGAGCAUUUUGAUUUUCUUCCUACCUUGUCUUGCUUUUCUCUUGCCAUUUUCUUCGUAUAGACAAGCGGAAGAGGACACUUUCGGUCUGGGUGCAAGGCCAGUGUUCGGCGCUGGCGAUGCGCUUAGAUUGAUCCGGAUAAGCGGAUGGGUUAUAACGAGACUAUGGAUACUUUCUUUCUUUAUACAUCUUUUCACUCUACGUUUCACCCUCUCUCUUCUUCAUUCAAACAAAAAAAGUAAUUUGUCCAUCUUCUGCUCGAGUACACGAUUACGGGAGAUGGACACAAAGAUGAGAUUACUUCGAGUCUGUAUCUCAGGCCGGAACAAAUAGAUGGGUCGAGAAGAUAGUUAGUUGCAAUCGAGAGAGAAGGAUAACUGCCGAGUUACCACGGCUCUCUGUCUACUCGGACAUGUGCCAUUAUACUUUAUGAUGACCGAGUAUAUCGCAAGGCAAAGACGGAUCUAUCCCGUCACUGGCCGUCACUCCCCUGCUUGCCCAGAGCCUGGGAACACAAUCAAUCAUUGGCCCCUCUCAACAACGGUGAUACUAGGCUUCAGCCUCUCUAGAUCCUUCUUCUCCUUUUCAUCGGGGAUGAUGCCCAACUUUUCUCCUACACUAUCCGACCAGGUCAACCCUAUGAAACCCCAUGCCAUGAGUCCCACGCCGAAUCCAAGCCUCGCGUUUUUUGACAAGGCCCGGUAGGAACUAAAAGAAACACAGAUCAAAGGCUGUUUAGCAAAAGUGUUUUUCGCCCAGCUGGUACCCAUUUUGGGCUGGAAAGUGGCGAUUCGUCGUCCUGCAGCUGGUUCGUACUGUAGUCUGCAGAAUCCGAGGUGCACUCACCGGAGAAGAGACAUGAUGGUGGCCCACUGCAGUCACUCUGGAAAUAUUCCAAUUUAACUGCUGUUCAUGGGUACUUUUCAAGUUAGAUGGGGCUUUUUCUUCCAUUUUGUUCCCUUUACUUUGUCAUUGUUCUCCCAAUUCCAGUCUUCCCUCCUAUGUCUAAUCUCUGAUAUGGAUGCCAAGGAAAGAAACUUCAAGGGGUCACGCACCGGAAGUAUUCAAUUUCUGUCACCUUGUAGGCUGACAGCGCUUUCAAGCAAAUCUAGCGUGCAGCGUCAAGUAUCGGUCGAGGAACGAGCCUGUGGAAUUACCAGGAGAAAUUUUGACGUUCCAGCCCAGCUUCAAAUAUUAGCUACACGCGGAUGAAUGACCCUGGAGCUGGAUGCAGGUACCAUUGAGCCCCGUCCGCUUGUUUAUUCACUGGCUAAUUACUGAUGGUUCUCGAACGCGUUAUGUGGGUCAGUAACUACCUACCUUAGGUACCUAAGGUAAGUUAAUGGUGGCCCAAGCGCGACUUUGUUCGUCGGUGG